GCCAAAUCCUGCAAGCACUUGUGCAUCUGAGUAAUUUUACUCAUAUGAGUAGUUCUAUUGACUUAAAUGAGGCUGCUUAUGUGAAUAAAGUUACUUGCAUGCAUAAUUUUGUAGGAUCAGGCCCUUAAUUAUUAAAUGAAAGUAAAAUUGUAUGGUGAAGAGUUCUCUUAAAUUAUAUCAAUACCAAAGGAGGUAUAAGUGGACUAAUGCAGUAGAUUUUCACUUCUGAAGACCUAGGUUCAAAAUCUGCUUGAAUCACAAACAAAAAUAUAUCUAGUUUUAUUUUAGACCUCUGAAGACAUCACAAAACCAGCAGACAGUUUCGCUGUCUAAACCCAAGAAAGGUACAGGCAGAUGAAGCAUAUUUCAUUGGUCCAGCUGCCUCCCAGCAGAGCUACUUAGCAAUGGAAAAAAUAAUACAGGUGGCCAAAAUGUCAACAGCACAGGCUAUUCAUCCAGGCUAUGGUUUCCUCUCAGAAAACACAGAGUUUGCAGAGCUGUGCAAGCAAGAGGGAAUCAUUUUCAUAGGCCCUCCUUCAUCUGCUAUCAGAGAUAUGGGUAUUAAGAGCACCUCGAAGGCUAUAAUGUCUGCUGCUGGGGUUCCUAUCAUUGAAGGUUAUCAUGGUGAAGAUCAGUCCGAUAAAUGUCUAAAGGAACAUGCCAGGAGAAUUGGGUAUCCAGUAAUGAUUAAAGCAGUUCGGGGAGGGGGAGGAAAGGGAAUGAGAAUUGCUCACUCAGAAAAGGAUUUCCUCGACCAAUUAGAAUCAGCCAGGAGAGAAGCAAAGAAGUCUUUUAAUGAUGAUGCCGUGCUAAUAGAGAAGUUUGUAGACAAUCCAAGGCAUGUUGAAGUACAGGUGUUUGGUGACCAGCAUGGCAAUGCAGUCUAUUUGUUUGAAAGAGAUUGCAGUGUGCAGCGAAGGCAUCAGAAAAUCAUUGAAGAAGCUCCUGGGCCAGGAAUUGAGCCUGAAGUGAGAAGGAAACUUGGAGAAGCUGCUGUCAAAGCAGCUAAAGCUGUGAAUUACGUAGGAGCAGGGACGGUGGAAUUUAUUAUGGACUCUCAACAUAAUUUCUACUUUAUGGAGAUGAACACCAGGCUGCAAGUGGAGCACCCAGUUACAGAGAUGAUCACGGGGACUGACUUGGUGGAGUGGCAGCUUAGGGUUGCAGCAGGAGAAAAGAUUCCUUUAAUGCAGGAAGAAAUUGCACUCAGUGGCCAUGCAUUUGAAGCUAGAAUAUAUGCUGAAGAUCCUAACAAUAAUUUCAUGCCAGGAGCUGGACCCUUACUCCACUUAUCUACACCACCACCUGACAGGUUUACCAGGAUAGAAACAGGAGUCAGACAAGGUGAUGAAGUUUCUGUACAUUAUGAUCCUAUGAUUGCUAAAUUAGUUGUUUGGGCUGAGGAUCGCCAAUCAGCAUUGAAAAAGUUGCGGUACAGCCUUCAUCAGUACAAUAUCGUAGGACUAAGCACCAAUAUUGAAUUCUUACUAAGCUUGUCAGGACACCCACAGUUUGAGGCUGGAAACGUGCACACCAAUUUCAUUUCACAACACCAUGAUGAGCUGUUUCCAGUGAAACAGGCUACUCCAAAUGAAGUUUUGUGCCAGGCUGUUCUAGGACUCCUAUUGAGAGAGAGAAUGAUGACAGAUGCUUUUAGAGUUAAGUCUUAUGAUAAAUUCUCACCAUUUGCAUCCAGCAGUGGUAGAAGAAUAAAUAUGUCCUACACCAGAAAGCUGACUCUUCUAGAUGGUGAAAAUAAGGUGGACAUAUCUAUUGAUUACAAUCAGGAUGGUUCAUAUAACAUGCAGAUAAAAGAUAAAGCUUUCAAUGUUUCUGGAAACAUUUCUAAUGAGAACGAUUCAACUUACCUGAGAUGUUCAGUAAACGGGAUUGUUUAUAAAUCUAAAGUGGUCAUUUUGGACAACACCAUUUGCCUCUUCUCUCUGAAAGGCAGUGCACAAAUUGGCCUUCCAGUACCUAAAUAUUUAUCUGAAACAAGUGCAACAGGACCUCAAGGAGGAGCUGUAGCGCCUAUGACUGGGACAAUUGAAAAGGUAUUUGUGAAAGCAGGGGACAAGGUACAGGCUGGAGACCCUCUAAUGGUUAUGAUAGCUAUGAAAAUGGAGCAUACUAUAAGGGCUCCAAAGGCGGGAAUAAUAAAGAAGGUUAAUUACCAAGAAGGCUCUCAAGCCAACAGACAUGCUUCACUAGUUGAGUUAGUGGAUGAAGACAUGGAAUCAGAAUAAGCAAGAUGCUAUUUUUUGAUUUCUUGGUUUUCUCUAAGAAGAAGUUGUCCUUCUAUUUUAUUCAGCAUUCCAUGGAUAUAGUUACAUUACAGAUUAUGUCCACUUUCCCUUAAAACUGGAUACCACGGAAUUCUAAUAAAAGAUGAACAGAUAAAGGUCUGGUCCUGCAAUCGUUAGUGUAAAAUUCCUAUUGAGUAAUUACAUUUGCCUGAUUAAUGUAGGACCUGACCUUAUAUUGGUAUUCAUAGGUGUUUUCUUGUGAUUGGAGACUAGCUUCUAAAGUAUACAUUCUUGCCUACUUUGUCAUUAAAGAGCUACUAUUUUGCCAUAUUUUGCCUUAAAAUUUCCUACAGUUCACACUCCUUGUAAGCCAAUUUGAAAGCUGUCAGUGAUGGGCAAAUUUAAAUGAGUGCAUAAUAAUAUCAUCAUCCUUCCUGAGGCAAAACUCCCAUAAAAGGCUUGACUUUUGCCUGAGUAUUGAAUGCAGGAUUGGUCUUGUAUAUACUCUUUGCUAUGUCACUUUAUCUCUUGGUGCUUUUGUUUGUCCAUUUGUAAAUGGGGAUAAUAGUGCUUGGUUACCUCACACCUCACUGGGGGGCGGGGAACGAUGGAGAUUGAAUUUCCAUAAAUAUUGUUCCAGACGGGCAGUGUAAUAUUAUUGUUAUAUUAUUCAAAACUGAAUCUGUUUUCAGGAUGUGUUAUUCUAUCUUGAGAGCUCAGUUUGUAAUACAGAAAGAUUGUACAUUUAUUUCAUAUUAAAUAUUUGUGCCAUAAAAAAAUACAUAUUUUAAAAUUCUGAUUACUUUCCCACAUUUCUUCAUGUUUCAGUCUACAAACCUUAUAUGUUGUUCAUUUGCCAGAAUGUGGCCUUCCCAAGAUCCAUAAAACAUCAGACUGAGAGUA